CCUAUCUGGUCUUCGAUCUCUAUAAUUUGUUAGCCAUGUCUGCCGCUUCUGCCGCCUGUAUUUUCUGCAGGAUCAUCAAGGGAGAAAUCCCUUGCAUGAAGCUCUUUGAGAGCGAAAGGGUGCUGGCAUUCCUCGACAUUCAGCCACUGAGCCGAGGACAUGCGCUCGUAAUCCCCAAAUACCACGGUGCCAAGCUCACUGACAUCCCCGAUCAAGACCUCACCGAGCUGCUGCCCGUCGCUAAGAAAAUUGCCCUCGCCGCUGGGGCAUCGGAUUUCAAUAUCCUUCAAAACAAUGGCAAGAUUGCUCAUCAAUUCGUCGAUCAUGUCCAUUUCCAUAUGAUUCCGAAACCAAACGAGACCGAAGGUCUCACCGUAGGCUGGCCCGCGAAGGACGCGGAUAUGGACUCUCUUAAGGAGCUCUGCAACGAACUUAAAUCAAAAAUGUAAAGUAAAACUCUUUAAGAAGCAUCCUCUGUGCUUGAGGGAGUAUCUGAUCCUCAAAUACAUCUCUCGAGCGCGUCUACAAAUCUAUGUUGUAGUUUCAAAGCGGAAAUAAAAAUUGAAACAGCUGGGAGAAAACGUCGUCUUCGCGAGGGAAUAUGUAUGUACUUUGCACAAAAACACCUUGGUGUUCAUUUAUUUUUUUGUAUCAGAGAAGAAUCUUCCAGGAGAAGGAGCGCAGGAUAGAGAGCACAGGAGAGGCGAGUUUAAUGUACAGGACCAGUCCUAUAUG